AUGAACGACGCGACGAUGAGUCUGGAGGGCUGCGAAUGCCCACGGAAGUCGGGCGGUGGGAUCUGCACGGCAGAGGCCGCCGUGCGCGGCGCCCUCGAGUCCAGCAGCACGAGCCUGUCGUGCAGGUCGCCCUCGAAGGGCAGGCUCAGCAGGCCCCCAGGCGCCUCCACAGUGUCCGCCCACGUCUCGUGGCAGUCCCCGCUGACUUUGCUCAUCUCUUUCAGGUCCUCUGCGAACUGCCGACACCGUGGCGUAGCGGUCGAGAUCGGCCAGCGAUCAUCGCCCAUGCGCUUGAUGCCAUUCAGCUCCUCGAACCUGGACUGUCCGAAGACCGCCGCUGGCCUGCUGAUGUGCACCAUGAAACCUCGCCAUUCUCUGGAAGAAGCGGCCCUGGCGCUGCUCGGCGGGGCGGCCUGCCUCUGCGCGCGGGCGCCGGGCGGCGCCGGGCCGCUGGCGGCGGCCGAGGACGACGCGCCGGCGGCGGGGGGCGCCGCCCUCGGGAGGCUGCGCGCGCGGGUGGGGGCGCCCCUGGGAUUUGCAGCGCACCACGGCGUGCACGGCUUCCACGGGCUAUGCGGCCAGGCCGAGGCGGACGUGGACUAUUGGACGCGGCGGGGCCUCCUGUUGCCGCCGCUGGCGGGUGUGCCCUCGGCGGAGGCGUGCCGCACGCGCUGCUUCGAGGAGGGUGGCUGCAUGGUCUGGUCGUGGCAGGGCGACAGCUGCUUCCUCAAGGCGCUCGAGCAGGGGGAGCACCCGAUCGGGAAGCACAAGGAGGGCGUAGUCUCGGGGGGGCUGCCGUGCGACAUGGAUUCAAUGGCGCCCUACCAGUCGCUCUUCUGCCUCUCGCUCGUGAUGCCCUCGGGCUACGAGCUGGACCUCCUGACGAUGCAGCGUGACAGGGGCAUCAGCAUCUUCAAGUGCGACGACGUGGCGAUCUACAGCAACGAGAGCUUUGAGGUCGCGCCCGGCGUCACGACCCAUGCAAUUGACAGCGACCUCAAGUGCGAUGUGGGAGGCGAGUUCGGAACGGCGCUCAACCUUGAGAUCUUCAUGGAGGUCUGGAAACACGUCUUGAAGGACAAGCGGUUCGAGCAGCAGAUGUGGACGGUCAAGGUGGACGCGGAUGCUGUAUUUUUCCCAGAUCGCCUCCGAGCUGCGCUACCGCACCAUCUGGAGCAGGAGCAGGGCGUCUAUCUGAACAACUGCAAGUUCGGCAUGCACGGCCCUCUGGAGGUGUUCUCGAGGAGAGCUGUGCACACGUGGGCCGAGGGCAUGCAGAAGUGCCAGGAGCACUUCCUCGAGGUGUGCUCUGGUCCCUGCAACUGGGGCGAGGACCUCUUCAUCGACCAGUGCGCCGGCAAGUUCCUGGAGGCCAAGCGGGAUGACGACUGGACGCUGCUCGCGGAGGAGCACUGCGUGCCAGACCCUCGGCACAAGGGUGAGUGGAGGACGUGUGCUGGCGGCCAGGCGGCGUUCCAUCCGUUCAAGACGGAGCAGGGCUACCUAGACUGCAUGACGGCCGCUCAGGCCGCACCCUCCGCCGCGGCAGCCGCUGGUGCGCCCACGCCGCCAGGGGCUGCGCCGGGCGGCGCCGUGCCCGCGCCGGAGGGCGCUCCUGCGCCGCCGCCGGGAGGGGCGCCCGACGGAGCGGCUCCUGGCGGCCCCGCGCUGGGCACGCCCGCGGCGCCAGCGGGUGCAGCGGGGCUCGGGGGGGCCGCUCCGCCGGAGGACGAGCCCCCCCUGGCGGUGCCGCCGCAGGCUGGUGGGGCGCCAGCGGCGAACGAGGCGGACACAGAAGCAGCCGCGGCAUCCACGGCCCCCGCA